AUGGGAGGGACGGCUCGGGAGAGCCCGGAGCACUGCCGCUUUCUGGACGCAGAAGCAGCCAAGCCGCGGAAGAAGAGCUGCCCCAGGUACCAGCUCUGUGGACUGCUCCUCGGCGUGCUGCUCCUUUCUCUUAUUCUGAUAUUUUUUGGUGUCAAAUACCUCUGGAACCCAACACCCAGAAAAGUCUAUGAUAUGGAACACACGUUCUUCAGCAAUGGUGAGAAGAAGAAGAUUGUGAUGGAGAUUGACCCCCUUACCAGGACAGAGACCUUCACCAGCGGGAAUGGCAGCGAGGAAAUCCUGGAGAUCCAUGACUUCAAAAAUGGAAUAACUGGCAUCUUCUUCGUGGGACUUCAAAAAUGUUUCAUCAAAACUCAGACUAAAGUCCUACCUGAGACGACAGAGGCCAAGAUCCCCGAGCUUGAGGGAGAAGAAAUCACCACCACCUACUUUGAGCAGUCUGUAGUCUGGGUGCCUGGGGAAAAGCCCAUUCAGAACAAGGAAUUCCUGAAGAGCUCCAAAAUUUUUGACAUCUGCAGAAAUGUGACCAUCUUCUGGAUCCACCCCACACCAAUAGCAGCUCCUGAGCUGGCCAACCUUGAAGGGGCAGAAGAAGAAGACCCUGAGCUGCUGAUAGACAACCAGAGCUGGCUGGAUGGGGGGAGCGAGCAUGAGGUGGAGAAGGAUGCACAGCUGGGGCCCAAGCGCCGGGCACGACAGCUCACUGAGGAGGACCUGCCCGUCAAUGACUAUUCAGAGAAUGGGCUGGAGUUCCAUCCCCUGUGGGACGAGCGAGGCUACUGCUGUGCCCAGUGCCGCCGUGCCAACCGCUACUGCCGGCGGGUCUGCGAGCCCCUCCUGGGCUACUACCCCUACCCCUACUGCUACCAGGGCGGGAGGGUCAUCUGCCGGAUCAUCAUGCCCUGCAACUGGUGGAUUGCGCGGAUGCUGGGCAGGGUGUAG